CCACCACUUUGUACUAUGAGUCCCACUAGCAGAUCGUGCCACGCGCCGCAAGUGCUCCAUCUUGAUCAAGUCGAGCGAGCAAAGAUUGGCACAUCGCAUCAAGUUGUACGAUCACCCAGACCUUUGCCCGUCGUGCGACAUUCCUCGAGCGCGGUGGUGCUGUCUCAAGAUGGCGAGCUUCAAAGAUCUGAAGCAAAGGCGGGCGCUGAACCGAUCGAUGCUGUACGCGAACAACGCUCGUGCUCUGGCCAAAUUUAGUGACGCCAGCAAGUCUGCGGUCGAUGAGAAGAAUGCGGAUGGAAGUACGCCCGAUAGCACGCCUCCGUCUGGCGGCGGAACCACGCAGUACCCAGUCAGGGCCGAGCAACCUGACACUAAUGACAGGUCAGUCAGGAUGAAGGUCUGUGACAAAAUCAUGCCUGCAGACAUUCCUUCAUCCAUACGGAGAGCGUCAUCGACGGGUAUCAGCUCACUUGAACCGAGCGAUACUCUACCGUACCGCCUGGAGGAGAAUGAAGCCUUGGAAGUGCGAAAGACCAAAUUUGCAGGCCGAGGCAUUUUCUGGGCGCCCCAAGGCGAUGAACUUUGCAAAAAAGGUACAACACUGCUCCGUCUUAGGCCGCACAUUUCUGUGCUUGGUCAGGAAGAGGUGGAGUCGCAUUGUCAUGUAUGCUUCGAGCCUCAAAGCCACACUUCGCGCUUUCAAAGGUGCUCAGCCUGUCGGUAUGUUCGAUACUGCAGCGUAAAUUGUCAGAAAACAGACUGGGCGAUUCACAAGACAGAAUGCAAAGCUCUUCAAGCUUGGCAAGCGCACGCGAACGCAAGAGAUCCACGACCGGACUGCCAUACUCGGACUCUGGCCAGGCUGAUAUGGAAGAGACCCACGGAAGGCGAGAAGUGGUGGAAUCAGCUCGACUCCAUGCAAUCGAAUCGUGCUCAAAAGGCCUCAGAGCAAAUACAGUCCAUCGCCGGGCAGGCUUACAGGUUGUGUCGGUACAUAGGGAUUGGAACAUCUUCAAGGGCCGAAAGAGAGGAGAUAUAUGAGGAAGAAGCGAAUCGACAAAGACUCGCUGAUCUAGGAUUCGACAGCGUACAGCAGCUGCUCGACUUUGUCUGCAAGUUCGAGACCAACUCGUUCACGGCGUCUUCCUCAGAUCUCAGUCCCUGUGGGCUUGCUGUCUGCCCCACGGCCGCGUUGAUCAAUCACUCGUGUCUUCCAAAUGCGGUCGUCGUAUUUCCGUUUGGCCCGGGAGAUAGUGGGCACACGGCUGGGCCUAUGCGCGUCGUGGCCAUCAAGGAUGUAGAGCCCGGACAAGAGAUCACAACGGCCUACGUCGACCUGUCAGACUCGUACACCAAGCGACGGAAGACGCUUUCUUGCACAUACAGCUUUGAGUGUAGGUGCAAGAUCUGCAAAGUUGGUUCAAAAGCAUCAAGUCUCUCUGGCAACGCACCAUGGGUAGAUCCCAGAGACUCGGUUUGGUGCCCAAAGAAGUGCGGUGGUUGGUGUGCCGCGCCAAAAGAAGAAGGGACCGGCACAUCUACGAUCCGAUGUCCGGCCUGUGGUGCAUCCUCAACCAUCGAUCCGAAGACGUUGCGAACGACUGUCGAGUCUGCUCAGAGCAAAAUGAAAGAGGCGAAAGAGGCAUUAAGUGCUCUUGAGGUCGACAAAACCAUCACAUGUCUACGAGAUGCUGUAGGACUUCUGACUGUGCAGAUGCCUCCUUCGGCGUAUCCGCUCCUCUCGAUGUUGCGCACAGCGUGCGAGAUGUUCACGAGCAUCGCUGCUCGCAUUGACGUACUUGAAAGGUCAAAGAGCCUCGUCCGUGCCCAGAGCAUGGCUACAACCUUGGCGGACCAUUACCUGGUGGAAGCGACACGGCUGGCGAUGCUCGUCUGCACAGGCAUGACGGUGUCGAAUGGCAUCAUUUUUGCCGAAGGUCAUCCCACUCGAGCCAUUGCGCUCUUGACGCUAGGUAAAUUGCUCAUCUCCGACGCUGUAGCCGCCUUUGAUGAGAGUGAAGCGGUGGACAGAUCCAUUUUGCCCAACCCUCCAAAGCUUCCAGCUGUAGGAAUGCCGCGUAUUCUGAUGGGCCGCAACUUCUUGCUGCAGGCGCUCGAAGAGCUCAAGAUUGGAUUUGGCAAGGAAAAGGGCACGAGCGGAGGAGACGCGGCAAAACACGCACAAGAAAUUCUGCAAAAUCUGGACGCUGAAAUGCGGAUAUUCCAGCAGUCAGGCAUGGCUGCAUAGCUCCAGCAGCAAGACAAAGGCACACGAGUACGAACAGGCUGUCGGGCCCGUGCACUCUCAAAGCUCCGUCGUGGUCAAACUUCUCGCGAAGGGUCACGAAUCGCAAUGACAAUCUCAAUGGUAUUCCAGAGCGAGCCGCCCGUUUGAGAGAGUGGGCAGGCGCGCGCGUUUAGACGUUUCAGAGUAGUACAUGGCUAGUCAGAGGAAGGGACGAAGUAG